AAAAAAAAAAAAAAAGGCGAGAUCCGACGGAUAUUACGUCAUCGGUAUCGUCACAACUCAACUCUGAGCGCGAAAGCUGACGGAAGUAACCACAGAAGACUGCAGAUCUUUGGCAGGGGUAAACUGAAUAUACAAUGAGCAAAAAAGACAGUUCAGGUAUAGCACAGAUCCUCGCUUACCUGAAUGAGAAAAACAGACCUUAUAGUGCUCAGGAUGUCUUUACCAACCUACAAAAACAGUAUGGCUUGGGUAAAACGGCAGUGGUCAAAGCCAUGGAGCAACUAGCCCAGGAAGGAAAGAUUCGAGAGAAAGUCUAUGGCAAGCAGAAGAUCUACUUUGCAGAUCAGUCACAGUUUGCCGACGUGAGUGACGCUGAACUUAAAGAGAUGGACAGUCGCAUCACAGAGAUCAACACCCAAGUACAGACUAUUUCACAGAGCAGCAGGCAGCUGGAUACAGAGCUGAAGGAGCUAAACAGCUCAUUAACCACAGCAGAGAUGAAGGCACAGAUCCGUGAGUUGCAGGCAGAGUGUUCUGGUUACAGAGAGCGCCUGAACAAAAUCAAAACAGCCACAAACCAUGUGACCCCUGAGGAGAGAGAGAAGGUGUACAAGGAGAGAGAGCUGUAUGUGAAAGAGUGGAGGAAAAGGAAGAGAUUGGUUUCUGAUAUGGUUGGAGCUAUUUUGGAGGGCUACCCAAAGAGCAAAAAGCAGUUUCUGGAGGAGGCUGGGGUUGAAACAGAUGAGGACCACAAAGUGACAAUGCCCAACAUCUGAUGGGAGGACUCACUGAUUUAAUUCAGAAUCCAUGAAUACAGUUGUUGGGAAACCAGUAACUAGAGCAGCUCAGACACCAGAUGUCUGGAACAGUUGGAAAGUGAGGUAGAGGAUUCGGUGACUUUGAGAGAAAUGCAUUAAGAAAUAAAAUAUAAUAAUUAAAUUUAUAAAAGUUAUGUUGAGAAAGAAAAACAACAACUGUAGAAAAGUUUGAACAUUGUUUAUUUUUUAAUUAAAAAUUAUACUGUUACAAAAAUAUUUCAGAUUUUCUUGAAGUCAGAAAUGCAAAAGCACGGAGUAUAGUUUAGCUCAGCAUGACUUAGCCUAAUUUUUGUGGGCAACCCUUUCUCUCCACUUAAUGGCUUAAAAUAUCAAGGCAUCCCUUUUUCCAGCACAGGUCAAACUGUGAUUGUACAAUCAUCUGUUAUUUAAAAGUCUUGAUACAGAAAAAAGUUUUCCUGAGAUUUUAAUUCUAAUUUUCACUAUGCUUUCAUCUGUUAAACACUCAAUAAAAUAAAUAUAUUUGGAUAGUCA